UAUUAAUGUAAUAAUGCUUCUUUCAGACAAUCAAAAAGGCAAGGACGUGCCACGCAAAGGCAAAUUAAAGCAAUGGUAGAAUAUUUUGAACGGAAUCCACAUGUUGCCUCAGGAAAAACCACGCUACAUGGUAAUGAAAAUUUGAGAGACAGCUGGGAGGAGUUAGCUCAAGAUUUAAAUAUGUUAUCAAAUAAGAAAAAAGGAAAAGAUGUAAAGUCCUGGAAGACUACAUGGAGAGACAUGAAAUCAAAAGUUUCUGAAAAAGUACAAAAACUAAGAAAAGAAAGAAGAAUGACAGGAAAUAAUCCAAUAAAUAUUAAAUUAUCUGAAUUAGACAAACGAAUAUUAGGAAAUAUAGGAAAAGACUAUGUCGAAGGAUUGUACAAUGUACCUGACAGUUUUCCUGAAGAACGUACU